AUGGGUGAAUCACGAACGGAAUUACUAGCUUGGUUGAACGACUUGUUACAAGUAAAUUAUACCAAAGUAGAACAAGCAGGAACAGGCGCUGCUUACUGUCAAAUUAUGGACUCUAUUUUCGGUGAUGUUCACAUGGGAAAAGUAAAGUUUGAAACCAAACACGAAUAUGAAUAUGUGUCCAACUAUAAAAUACUUCAACACACAUUUGAUAAACACAAGAUUGAUAAAAUCAUUCCCGUCGACAAAUUAUUAAAGUGUAAAUUUCAAGAUAACCUCGAGUUCAUGCAGUGGAUGAAGCGUUUUUGGGAUCAAAACUUCCCAGGAGGUGACUAUGAUGCUUUGGGACGUCGAAAAGGUGGAAGCGUCAAGACGGUGACAACAUCAUCACCUGCUAGUCGUACGGUACGUACCAAACCAAGUGCAGCCCCAGUCAGAACCACAGCACGCUCAAACGCUGUCGUUCCAUCCUCUGGACGAUCAAGAGCCACAGGGUCAUCAGAUACGGGCGUCGUCCAAGAUAUGAGUCGACAAAUCACUGAACUCAAGGUGACCGUGGACGGACUUGAAAAGGAACGAGAUUUUUAUUUCGGCAAAUUGCGAGAGAUUGAGAUACUCGUUCAGGAACAACUGGAAAUGGCUGAGCAAUAUCAGCAUGUGUCAGAGGAACUGAACUGUAUUCGAGAGAUACAAACUAUUCUUUAUAGGACUGAAGAGGGAUUUGAAGUGCCUCCAGAGGAUGGACUGGUAGAAGAGGAAUACGAUGAUGAUGAAACAUUUUAA